GUUGCCACAAUUUGGUAGUCGAAAUCAGAAUCAACUCGUUCGCUGAGUAUUCAACACAAAGUUUACCUUUUCUUCCUUCAACCAACCAACCAACACCCACCCCCCAAAAAGCAACAUGAAGUUCGCCGCCGCCGUAGUCAUGCUUGUGUGCGCCCUGAUCGGUGCUGAGGCCUCGUGGAAUGCACUCCAGAUCGCUCCUGGCGUCUCCUAUGUCAACUCUGUGGCCCAUGGAGCUGGCGCCUGGGGUGGUCCCUGGAACGGUGCCUGGAAUGGUGGCUGGAACGGUGCCUGGAACGGUGGCUGGAACGGUGCCUGGGGUGCACCCGCUGCCGUGGCUGUCCAUGCUGGCGCUGGCGCUCCUUGGAGCUUGACCGGUCCCGGCGGCUGGCAUGGCGCUUCGGUUCCCGGCAUUGCCCUCGCUCAGGGACCCGGUCUGGCUGCCGGACAUGGACAUGAGGGUGUCUAUGUGGCCAAGACUCGUGGUGCCAUUCACACCGCUCCCCUGGCCGGACACAUCAACUCGGCCACGUCCGUGAAUGUGGCCCCCGCACCGGGAACACUGUAAGUCAAUCCACCGAUCGACCCAUGAUGUCUCCCAGCCAACCAACCGAUGCCAAACGGACGUGGCGGAUGCCAGCAGGAUGCCAACUUCGUUCUUCUGCCCAUUUGCCUUCCACGACUCUCACACCGGAUACUUCCCCCCGCCCACAACUGUCUCUCUAUACACAAACAAACUAAAUGUUAAGCACACACCGCUCUUAGUUCCCGUGACCCCCCACUUGCCCCCCACCACGAUAUACGAACACGAUCCUGAUCUUGAGGCGAUCGAUGAUCGAUCCCUCAGCAGCAAUCUUUAAGUCCAACAACAAUUACAACAACUACAAAGAAACCAACAAAACUGACAGCGCGUUAAUUGUAUUAUUUGAGAACUUUCUACAACCACAUAACUGUACCAACUUUCACAUCUUCCUCUCCUCUGUACUUCUUCUUCCUUUACUCUUUGCUAUAUCUAUCACUCUGUCUCUCCUUCCACCUACAUCUGACAGAAAUGCUCUGACAAACUGUAAAUAUACACUCCCCUCCUUGUACUCUAGUAAUCUGCAACAAUGUAAAGAUUGACGAAAGCGUUAUAAAUAAACUCCAACAGCGUUUUUUAUACGAAAA